UCGUAUUCGUCAUCAUUGCAGAGUAUGAGACGAAUCGGCGCUUCUUAAAACCUAAAAAACCAACUUGGUAAUUGAAGUAAAUUAUUUGAAGCCUGGCUUCGGUGAUACAUAUUCAUUCUUUGACAUUCCUGUGUAGGAAUACUCUUUCAGUAGUUCUGGUGUAAAUCAAUAGGAUAACAAAUAAUCUCCAACUUUUUUGAAAUCAACUUCACCUGAAGUUCCACCGAUAUUAGAUGAAAGUGACUUGGUUAAAAAAAUGUAAAAAAAGUUAAAGUUAGUUUCUGACAGAACUCUCUGUCACUUUUUAAUUUCGUCUCAAAAUCGUUCAUUUCGGAAAUUGUGCUGAUCGGGAAUAUGUCAUCAUCAUCAAAAAUUAUAAUCGUACAAUCAUAAUCGUAGAAAGACUAAAGUCGCAAUUCGUUUCUACCGAAACAUAGAUCAUAAUGUUGAUGUGUCACACAUUGCAACCCAAACGUAAAUAUGGACGAUUCUUCGACGCUUGAAAAACUUGCUUUUAUACAGCAAAAAAUCGAGAAGCUGACCGAAGCUUUUGAAGGUGUUUCAAAGCAGAUGAAGAGGCCCACUCGGCGACUUACCACCGAAUCGAUUUUCGAUGAUGAUGACAUAUUCCCGAUCAGCACAAUUUCCGAAAUGAACGAUUUUGAGGCGAAAUUAAAAAGUGACAGAGAGUUCCGUCGGAAACUAACCAAGUCACUUUCAUCCAAUAUCGGUGGAACUUCAGGUGAAGUUGAUUUCAAAAAAGUUGGGGAUUAUUUGUUAUCCUAUUGCUUUACACCAGAACUACUGAAAGAGCAUUCCUACACAGGAAUGUCAAAGAAUAAAUACGUAUCACCGAAGCCAGCCUUUAAGAAAUAUACAUCUAUAACGAAGCUGAUUUUCGUGGUUCUGAAAAGUGCAGAUUCUUCAUUUACCAUGAUCGCUAAUGAGGAAUACCUUCAAAAAAAAUUCAAAAAUGCCCAAUCGAAAUUUGGAAAACGUGUUUUCGAGGAUGAGUUUGAUGAAUGAACAAUUGAACAUGCUGAGUGACAAUCAAAUAAAUUCACUUUUAAUUGAACAUUGAAUUCAAUCCAAAAUGUGUUUUAUUUAUUACUGUUAAUCGUGAAAAGCAUUGGUCAUACGGAAUUCAGAUUUCAGUGACAUGUUGU